ACAACCACACGUGAGAGGCAACGGGUGGCGGGGGCCGCUUGAUUGAGGGAGGCAAGCGCCAGAGUUAAGAGCUCCACUUCGGGGCGCUGCAUUCACGCGUAGCUCACGCUUGUGACUGGAUGUACGCGAGCUCUUCACAAUGUUGCUGACACGAAGACUUUUGACAAUGUCGUAGACCUCACUGUUUGCCGGACAGCUGGAUGACCUGAUGAAUGACUUGGUGGAUCUAGACUAGAGUCGGAUGACGUAAUAAUUGCCCUGGUGGAGUAUAGAAUAGGGAGAGUCUGAAGUUUUGAUUUAUUAAGGGAGGAACCUCUAGUUAACUAUGGAGAGUCGAGUUCACCCGGAGGAGUGGACAGGGACACUGCAGGAGGACUUCAGCUUGUCCACCCACCACGUGAUCAACUUCUCCACCGCCCUGUACCACCCAUGGGGUAGCCAGACCGGAAGUGCUGCAGCCGCCAUACUUUACACGGCAUGGAUCUCGGCUGCCAACAUUUUUCUGAUCUUUCUCCUGAUCACGAACGUCAAACUGCUCAACAGCAGACAGAAUAUUGUCAUCCUACACUAUGCUGUCUCAGACCUGACUGUUGGAGUCUUCUACUGCCCUCUGACGGCCGACUUCUUCCUAAGAGGGUCCUGGGCCCAUGGGUGUGGCAGUUUUUUCGUCUGGUUCACAUUCGUGUUCCCCUUGACCUUCUUAACUACUCACUCAGUGUUCCUCCUGCUCAUGAUGAGGAUACUUCCUCCUUGUUUCAGGAGAUAUGGUCUGGUGGUGAAAAAUAUGGCCAGGAACUGUGUCUUUUCAGCGUCCUUCAUAGUCUUGUGGGCUUACCUGGUCGCCAUUGUUUCUGCCCUGAGCGCCGGACGACAUGAAAACGUGCACAUCGCCAUAGCGCCCGGUGUCGUCUGCAAAGCUUUGGUGGCUACCCAUGGUGCAAUCAUUAUCAACGUGCUGGUCUACUUCCUGCCGGCUUCCAUGUGUCUUCUGCUUCUGCUGCUAGUGGCGAUUCGUGAAAAGACCUUGAUCUCAACACCCAGUGUCCAGCUGACGCUAGAGGCCAACACAGAACAGUGCACACCUAUACCGCUCCACCUCCUGUCCCUACUCACCAUCCUGACGUCACUGCUUCCUCUCCCAGCGUUCCUCAUCACCACCGCCAUGGCCCGAGGCGUCUGCUCGUCUGUCGAGUGCCUGGCCUGGCUACUUCCGCUGGGAACGGUCGCCGAGUGGGUGCUGUUUGCCAAGUCCGGCCUCGUCCCCUUGGUCAUAUUCAUGGCUCCCGACUUCCGGGCCGCCAUUGUGGGCGCUCUUCACCACUUCCGGCGAGUACCCACUUCUGACACGCGAGAUCUUGUUACCAACAUAGAAGACCCAGAAGAGGAUGGGCCAUUUUCAAGUAUAUAAAUAGAGCCGUCUGCUAAAUUCUUUUCUUUUCCCCAUAAACCAGUCGGUCUGUCUUGGUCUCUAAGUGCAGUAUCUUAAUAGAAAAUAUCUUUCAAGAUCAUAUUGAAGAUACACUAAUGAUAUCGAUCAAGUUAGAUCGUUGAAGACUAAAACAUAUUCAACCUUCUUAAAAGUAUAUAAAGUGAACGAUAGCUUUUACUAGAGACGGUAUGAAAUUAUGACAUCAUCAGAAGAUGUAAAUCUAAACCAAGAUGUAACAAUACUGUGAAGAUCAAUCUGGACAUUAUAUUCAAAGCAUUUCGAUUCUUGAAUUUGAAUUUUCCGAACUUAAAAACAAGAAAUGAGAAAGAAAUGAAACAAAAAGAUGACUAUCAUAAGAUUUUUUCAGUAACGGAACACUUCCGACAUUCUGAGUAUUUACAGGAACACUUUGCUUGGUUUUUUUUAGAGAGAUUAAUUCACGUGGUGGUUUAAUAGGUAAUUAUUCCAGUUGUUGGCGGAACAUCUAUUCACGCCUCUUUGGACACUAGGGUUCCGUGGAACAUGGUUUGGUAAGCACUGCUUUAGAGGAUUGGGAAGAAAAACUCAAAUGUUUUUUGUGGAAACGUAAAACCAACGGAUCAAAAUAUUUGGAAUGGUUGUAUGGUUUAAGUUUUAUUUGUCACGAGCUUUUAUGAGCUGGGUAUAAAAUACUGUAUCUGGUUAAAGACUUAAUAUUUGUUUGUAAAAAUGUUUUACAUGUUUCGGAUGUUCCUUCAGAGUUGAAGAUAGUUUACUUCCUAGUCCUAACCUCCCGCAGGACGACGGGAGAAUGGGAGCGGGCAGGGUUUGAGCCCGGGGCAAUCGAUAAACCCAAACGACAGUCCAGCGCGCAAACCGCACGGCCAGGCAGCCAUCCAUGAUGGCUAUUAAGGUUGAAAAUAUGGAAUACUAGGGGCGAGAGAAAAGAACAAAGGCUGGUAGAAAGUGUGGGAGAAAGUGUGAGAGAAAGUGUCUGAGAGCGAGAAAGACAGAGAGAAGUGCUUUUAUUUUGAAGUACUCUAAACUGUGUUAAAUAACUAUUUGACAUUUGUCAUACUUUGACAUGUCAUUUUAAUAAGACCAAUAAGGUUGCUUUCGGUUGUUAUCUGUAAGACGAUUACUUGUCUUUUGUUGAACUUUUCCCCAUGUGCUGUACAUAU